UUGUACAAAAAAAUCGUGUUAAAAUCGUAAUAUCGCGUUACUUUAUGUGUUGUGUAAGUUCUUAGCGAAUCAGCUAACAGGCAUCGGAUCCGGACAGGUCAAAUCAUAAAGUGCAUGAAGGGAGUUUAAAUGGUGCGUUCUGUCACUCAAAUCCAUUCACAAGACUGAAAUGGCUGUCAGGAUAGCUUUGGUUGGAGCUUUACGUUAUGUGGGCUCCAGGACGAGUGUGGUUAGUUCACAGCGACUGCUCUGCUCUCUCGAGAAAGGACGAGGAUCAUCUGGCAGUGUAAGGGUACUGUAUGAUGGAGAAUGCCCAAUAUGUGUUAAAGAAAUUCGCUUACUUCAGUUUCUUCAGAGAAACAGAGCAGAAAAAGUUGAUUUUGUGGACAUUUCACUGCCAGAAUAUGACGGGACGAAAUAUGGAGUCAGUUAUGAGAUUGCAAUGGAGGAAAUGACAGUGAUUGAUACGAAUAACAAGAUUCAUCGUGGUGUGCCAGCUUUUACAGUCAUGUACAGUGCGGUGGGUUUGGGUUGGCUUGGACGGUUCAUCUCUCUCCCACUCAUCAGGCCUGUAAUGGAUCGCGCCUACGUGAUGUUUGCAAGAAACAGACUGAAGUGGACCGGCAGAGAGGGCUGCAUCACUGGACGCUGUGUUAAAAAAGAGACAUAAGGGUCUCAGAACUUUAAAAUGGGCUCCAUGCUAUACUAUCAUGUCAAUGGAUGUAUCGUCGUUAACAGUUGUUGUUACUGUACGUUAAAGCUUACUUUUUUGCAUCUAAUAUUUAAAAGAGUCUGAAUGUAACUGUAA